AUGAUCUCCAAAGUUUUCGUUGCCUACAUUUUGAUUGCGCUGGGCGCAGUCCCAACGCUAGCCAACGCCAGUCCUUCCGCCGAUACUGAAGUUCCGGGAAUCACUCACCCCACAAAUGCCACGACUGCCCCGAAUGCUGCGCGUCCGGCCACGUCGUCCACAAAUUCUACGAGUGAGAACGCACCGGCGACUGCCGGACAUUCCCCCGGACAAGUGACCAAAAAUAAUUCAACUUCCGCCGCCCCCGAUCAAUUGUUCCCCACUACAACUUGUUUCUCGAAACAUAAAUCUCAUGGCGUCAAAUCUCACCAUUGCGACAAGGCCCUGGACAAAAUCGCAUUUGCAGCAAACCAAACGCUUGAUAAGUUUUCCGGCCUGAUUUUCGCCAAUUAUAAGACGUGCAACGUUCAUAUCCACAAGCCUACAAAUGCGACUCUGAAAAAGAUCGAACUCAGCUUGAUGAUUCACAACCUCACCGCUGCUUGUCACUCCGUAGGAGGACUGCUUGCAAAAUCUAAGUUCGACAUGCAAAUUGAACGUGGCACCAAAGAAAACGUCUACGAAGUCGACAAACCAAUCUGCAAGAAAGAGAAAUGUCCCUUGACUCAAAGCGAUUGCUUGAGCGCGUUCUACCAACUACCCACAAACGCCAACGGGGUCCUCAUCACUGGAAAGGGAAAGAAACAUUUCGCGCGAGUCACCAGUGGAAAUUGCACAAUUACCGCAUCAACUACCGAUCUGUCUGCUUUCACCAUUCCCCGACAGUUUAUCGUGCCUGCCAUGAAGAAGCUCAUCAACGAAUGUGAUGAACAUCCCGGCAAAAUUUAUCUCACUGGCGGUACGAAAGGCUACAACGGUGACAUUUGGCUCUCAGCUCGUGCAGCCAACAAGGAUCUCUGCAAUUAG